UGUUUGGGGUCUUCUAAAUAUACUUGUAUGUAUUCAGGAGUAGCCGUGGAAAAAGGGAACAACAAUGGGAAGAAGAAAGCAGGGAUAAUUGCCAGCACCGUUGUAUUUGGCAUGGGCAUGCUAAUGUUGGGAAUGAUCUUUUGCAUACGGAGGAAGAAAUUUAGAAUGAAUGAUAACUUCAAGGAUGUAAGGAAAGAAGACAUGGAGUUACCGAUAUUUUAUUUGAGCGCCGUUGCAAAUGCCACUGGUAAUUUUUCAAGCAGAAACAAGCUGGGAGAAGGUGGUUUUGGACCAGUAUAUAAGGGAAUAUUGGCAGAAGGACAAGAAAUAGCAGUGAAAAGACUUUCGAAGAGUUCUGGUCAAGGAUUGAACGAGUUAAAAAAUGAAGUUAUAUUAAUAGCUAAACUUCAACACCGCAAUCUCGUAAAGCUUCUUGGGUGCUGCAUCCAUGAAGAUGAAAAAAUGUUAAUAUAUGAAUACAUGCCUAACAAAAGUUUGGACUUCUUUAUUUUUGACCAGACAAGAAGAAAAUUAAUGGAUUGGAGCAAGUGCAUGAACAUUAUUGUUGGAAUUGCUCGAGGGCUUCUUUAUCUCCACCAAGACUCCAGGCUGAGAAUAAUCCAUAGAGAUAUCAAAGCCAGCAACAUUUUACUAGAUAAUGAGCUAAACCCAAAAAUUUCAGACUUUGGCCUGGCUAGAAUGUUUCGUGGAGAUCAAACGGAGGCCAAUACUCAUAGGGUGGUUGGAACAUAUGGCUACAUGUCUCCUGAGUAUGCAUCAAAUGGACACCUUUCUGUGAAAACCGAUGUCUUUAGCUUUGGUGUCCUAGUCCUGGAGAUAGUGAGUGGAAACAAAAACCGGGGAUUUCGUCACCCGGACCAGAACCUCAACCUUCUUGGGCAUGCAUGGAUACUUUGGAUUAAAGGGACACCCUUGGAAUUGAUCGAUGAAUGCUUGGCCAACUCUAGCAAUGUGUCUGAAGUGCUAAGAUGCAUUCAUGUGGCUUUAUUAUGUGUGCAACAACGACCCGAAGACAGGCCAAACAUGCCGACUAUUGUUCAAAUAUUAGGCAAUGAGAAUCCAUUGCCUCAGCCUAAACAGCCUGGAUUUUUCAUCGGAAGAAACCCACUUGAGCAGGAUACCUCAUCUAGCCGGAACAAUGUUUACUCAGCAAAUGAAGCUAGUUUGACAUCACUAGAGGCACGGUAACUCGUCACUUGAAAAUUCAAGUAAAAGAGAGAGAUAAGACUAAGUCAAUCAAUAAGAUUUCAUGGUUUCAGAAAUUCUAUUUGCUGAUAUCCAAUCUUGUUUUCUACCGGUUCUACCAUUCCAAAAUGGCAUCAUAGAGCUAUAUAUAUCUUAAGAGAAUAAUCAGUUCAUCAAUACCAGCCAAGCUGGCCACUCCUGCUUGCGAUGGAUCAGACAUGAUAACUUCCUGGUUUGUGUAAGCUUCAUUUUCAUGGUAGGCUUUACUCAUUUUGUUCCUCUUUUCCCUUCAUUGUGACUUGUGCUACAUGAAUUUUUAUAAUAAUUAGCCUCUUGGUA